AUGAGCGCCAGCCCUCCCCAGAGGAAAGCUGGGUCACCUCACUGCCCAGAGGUCCUUGGGGGCCAUGAGCAGCUGGAUCUAAACGACAGCCAGGACUCUGAGGACCCCAGAGAAUACUGUUCCGGCGGCUACCACCCCGUCCAGAUAGGUGACGUCUUCAACAGAAGAUACCAGGUGCUAUCCAAACUGGGUUGGGGGUACUUUGCCACGGUUUGGCUCUGCCAGGACCUCAGGUUGGUGCGGCGUGUGGCGGUGAAGGUUCUGAAGAGCGGUGACGGCUUCACUCAGGCGGGCCAGGACGAGCUGGCUCUUCUUCGAUGUUCCAGCGGAGCGAGUCGACACCCUGCAUCCCAGAGAAUCGUCGGCCUGCUGGAUGAGUUCAAGCUAGCCGGGGUCAACGGAGUCCAUAUAUGCCUGGUUCUGGAGCUCCUCGGUCCAGAUCUGAGAAGCUGGCAGCUGUGUUCUGGAAGUCCACUGUCUCGGCCAUUGGCUAAACAGAUUCUCACUCAGGUUCUUCAGGGUCUGGACUUCCUUCACACUCACUGUAAGAUCAUUCACGCUGACGUCAAGCCGGAAAAUAUUCUCCUCUGUCUGGACCAGCCGUCCCACAGAUCACCUGGUGGGGGCAGCAACUUCCUGGGCAAAAUCGAGGGACACAUUCCGCAGGAUGUACAAGUGAAGAUCGCAGAUCUGGGAAGUUCCUGCUGGGUGUACAAACACUUCUGUGAGGAGAUCCAGACCCGACAGUAUCGUUCACUCGAGGUGCUGCUGGGCGCCGAGUAUGGCCCUCCUGCUGACAUCUGGAGUGUAGCAUGCAUGGCGUUCGAGAUGGUGACUGGAGACUCUUUGUUUGAACCCAGAGGGAGCGAAUCCUUCUCGCUGGAGGAAGACCAUAUUGGCCAAAUCAUGAACCUGCAGGGUAAAAUCCCGCCCUCCGUCGUCAUGUCGGGGAAAUACUGGACCUCUUACUUCAACCGCAGAGGUGACCUGAACCGAGUGGGUCCUUUGAAGCGAUGGAGUCUGUACGACAUCCUGGUGGAGAGGUACCACUUCCUGCUGGAGGAGGCGUCCCACUUCUCGCACUUCCUCCUCCGCAUGUUGGAUUAUUACCCAGAGAGGAGGGCCACGGCUGCAGAGAGUCUCCGCCACGCUUGGCUCACGUCCUCGUGAGCGCUCGCGCAGAUGCUCACCAGCUGUCACUCACACUCGUGAGACAAACUUUGGAAAAGUUUCACCGCCUUCCUCUCAGCAUUUUCAUAUCUCAGGGAUUGGUCAUGACUAAAGCACUUGUCCAGUGUGGUCUACAGGAAAUGAUUUUGAUGUCUAAUGUCAAUUGUUAUUUUCACUUUGGUUUGCUUCGCCACAAGCGAGCACGUAAACAAUG